AUUAACUUUAGUACGUGAAAACAGGAGAGACAAGCAAAGGUGAGAUGGCUGAGCAGCAACUAGGAGUGCUUAAGGCACUCGAUGUUGCGAAAACGCAACUUUACCAUUUCACGGCGAUUGUCAUCGCCGGUAUGGGAUUCUUUACAGACGCAUACGAUCUGUUUUGCGUGUCCUUGGUGACUAAGCUCCUUGGCCGGCUCUACUACUUCAAUCCGUUGUCAGAGAAGCCUGGCACUCUUCCCCCUCACGUUGCGGCUGCGGUCAACGGUGUGGCCCUUUGCGGGACCCUUGCUGGUCAGCUUUUCUUCGGAUGGCUCGGUGACAAGCUCGGUAGGAAGAAAGUGUACGGUAUCACUUUAAUCAUGAUGAUCGUGUGCUCCGUCGCAUCCGGUCUCUCCUUAGGUAGCAGUGCCAAGGGUGUCAUGACCACUCUGUGCUUCUUCAGGUUUUGGCUGGGAUUCGGUAUUGGAGGUGACUACCCUCUUUCAGCCACCAUUAUGUCCGAAUACGCUAACAAGAAGACCCGUGGAGCUUUCAUAGCGGCCGUGUUCGCCAUGCAAGGUGUCGGUAUCUUGGCCGGAGGUUUCGUUGCACUUGCGGUAUCUACCAUUUUCGACAACAAAUUCCCAGCUCCGACUUAUGCUGUCAACAGGGCUCUCUCAACGCCUCCUCAAGCUGAUUACAUUUGGCGAAUCAUUGUCAUGUUUGGUGCUCUACCCGCAGCCCUGACUUACUACUGGCGUAUGAAGAUGCCCGAAACCGCUCGUUACACCGCUUUGGUGGCCAAGAACAUCAAACAAGCCACAGAAGAUAUGUCCAAGGUUUUACAAGUGGAUCUUGAGAUGGAAGAGAGGGCAGAAGAAGUCGUUAAAGACCCAAGACUUAACUAUGGCUUGUUCUCCAAGGAAUUCGCCCGGCGCCAUGGUCUUCCCCUUCUUGGAUGUACCUCAACUUGGUUCUUGCUUGACAUUGCCUUCUACAGCCAAAACUUGUUCCAAAAGGAUAUCUUUUCGGCUAUUGGAUGGAUCCCAAAGGCAGCAACGAUGAACGGAAUCCACGAGGUUUUCAUGAUCGCCAGGGCACAAACUCUCAUUGCACUCUGCAGUACAGUCCCCGGUUACUGGUUUACGGUCGCAUUUAUUGAUAUCAUCGGAAGGUUUGCGAUCCAGCUGAUGGGAUUCUUCAUGAUGACUGUCUUUAUGUUCGCCAUUGCCUUCCCUUACAACCACUGGAUCAAACCAGACAACCGUAUCGGAUUCGUGAUUAUGUACUCCCUCACCUUUUUCUUUGCUAACUUUGGACCAAAUGCAACCACCUUCAUUGUCCCAGCUGAGAUCUUCCCGGCCAGGCUAAGGUCUACAUGCCACGGAAUAUCAGCCGCUACAGGUAAGGCUGGAGCCAUUGUUGGAGCCUUCGGGUUCCUUUACGCUGCUCAAUCACAGGAUCCCAAAAAGACUGACGCAGGUUACCCACCGGGCAUCGGAGUCAAGAACUCGCUGAUCAUGCUUGGUGUCAUUAACUUUGUGGGUAUGCUCUUCACCUUCCUUGUCCCUGAGCCCAAGGGCAAGUCCCUUGAAGAGCUCUCCGGUGAGACUGAGGUUGAGAAAUGAUUAUGUUGUUUUUACUUUCAAUAUAUAUUGCUAUUCUUCUUUACAUUUUACUUUUUGUUUUUUGGUGUGACCAUUGAGUCUCAAUUACCGCUAAGAAGUAAACUCGUCUGUCCAUAAAUGUGAACAAGUCGUCGAUCGCCUCUUAACACGGCUCAUGUAAUUUGAAUGAAAUAAUAUCUAUCUA